UUGUUGGGGUGAAGAUGUUGCCAAAGCUUUUGUUUGUUCCCCAAAGCUUUUGAUUUGAAAGCUGUUACGGGAAGCGGUACCAUCUCUGAGGGCUCUUGGAUUGGGGGCAGAGGGAUUUUUUGUCUAUAGCCUAUAUAUCUCGGGAUUCCGGAUUACAUUUUUCGGAAAGAGCAGGAUGGGCUCUGUUUCAAAUCAGGAAUUUACAGGUGGUUGUGCAAAGACCGAAGAGGAGGAAGCGAAGACCGAAGAGGAGGACUGCCAGGUCUUCACCGGCUCUGGCGUGUGUAAAUGGUUCAAUGUGAGGAUGGGCUUCGGCUUUCUCUCCAUGACGAACCGAGAAGGAACCCCGCUCGAGGCCCCGAUCGACGUCUUCGUCCACCAGAGUAAGCUGCACAUGGAGGGGUUCCGCAGCCUGAAGGAGGGCGAGGCAGUGGAGUUCACCUUCAAGAAGUCUGCCAAGGGGCUGGAGUCCCUGAGAGUAAUGGGGCCCGCCGGGGCCUUCUGCGUGGGCAGCGAGAGACGCCCCAAGGGCAAGAGCAUCCAGAAGCGCCGCUCCAAAGGAGACAGUGGUUUUAAAGGGAGCAGUGUGCAGGCGUGGAAACAGACGAGUAUCCCAGAGGCAGGGGGACAGACUGGAGGUGUCGGGAAUAGGCGAUUGCAGAGGUGCUAUAACUGCGGCGGGCUGGAUCACCAUGCCAAGGAGUGCAAGCUCCCCCCGCAGCCCAAGAAGUGCCACUUCUGCCAGAGCAUCACCCACAUGGUGGCCAACUGUCCAAUCAAAGCACAACAAUCAUCGCCCAGCUCUCAGGGAAAGCCCGCCUCUGUGAAGGGGGAGGAGGAAGAGCAGAGCCAAGCCCCCCUGCCGCCGGAGAGCUCGGAGUAACGUUGUGACAUCACAGCGGGGCAGGGGGCAGCUCGGAGUAGGAGCGCCAGUUUCUCACGGGACCCAGAAAGGAUCAACUUCAGAGACAAUAACCUAUUGAUCUUUUAGCUGCUUUUGGAACUACCUCAGGUUUGAAAAUAACGGCUGUUUUUAGGUACUGUUUUAAGGUGUAACAGUCAGUAUAAGGUGUUCUUCACAGUUGCUUUAUUUGAUUAUCUUUUAAGAACCAUUCUUAAAGUGAACAAGAGACCCUAUGAAAUUUUUAACAUUGAUGCCUCAUGUGUUACUGCACAUUUUUAAACCCUUUUGUGGUUGUUUCUAUUUUAUUUUACAAUAUUAUCCUUUUAGUACACUAAACACGUACAUAUGCAAGCAAGGUGUGUUGACCAAGGCUUUAAAAUCUAUUUUAAAAAUGAUCUAUCUGGCACAUCCUAAGUUGAAUGUAAAAUUCCAGCAGUCCCUAAAAGCAUGGACAAUCUGGGGAAGGUUAAAUUACGCAAACGUUCUUGAACUUUUUUCCUUUGUUGGCUGGAAACUUCCGCUAAAGCACUGAAGAGGUCCGGGUCCGGUAAAUGUGUGUAUGUUGAACACAGCCCUGGUCACUUUGUGAUAUACCGUUGGACACGACUGGCCAUCUGCAUUUUCAGCAGAGUUUCAUGCUGGUUGAGGCAGUAUAGAAAAAAAAUAUAUCAACUUGACUGUUACACCUUGCUGCAGUACAGUACCACCAAUACAGAUGCAGAGUUCUUGGAUUGAAGCCAUUAUAAAUCAAUCCAUGUAUGAUCUAGAUGGUUGAUUCAUCCAGGCCUUCCUGUGUCUGUAGGUGGUGACUGGUAAUUUGCUGAUAGCCACAUAUGUUCAAUUGAUUGUAUAAGGGCCAAAUGAAUGUUUUGUGUUGUGUUACAUAGCCAUACCCUUCGGUUAAAAAUGUUGGAGAAUCUGAAUGUUUUGAUUGGUUAAAUUGGACUCCGUUUUGGCUUGAUCUGCUUUGCUUUUGCGCAGGGAUAGAAGAAGCGGGGUGAAACCAGUUUUGCUAAUUGUCAAGUUUCAGCGAUGCAACGUAGCAGUGCCAGGUUAAAGCUCGCAUUUGCCUUUGUGCAUGAUGUGCUUUGGCUUGCGUGUCUGCUGUUGCAAAACUACCAAGCAGCACAUGAUGCAUUAAACAGAACAAACCUACAGAAACAUGGAAGUUCGUUUUCUAAAUUCAGCAUUGCUUCAACCCGCAAUGACACUCAAUGCUCUAAUGUUUUGUAGUUUACAUUUGCGGAUUGCAGGAUGUGAUCUGGAAGCUGCUUUUGCCCAUCUUGUGGGCAAAAGGAGCGUGCAGGAAUUGUCUAACACAUUGUCCUUGAUGGGCUAUCCCAGUUCGUGGAUGAGUUGGCUUGUCUGGUCUGGGCAGUUUAGCAAGCAGAGCUGCCUGUUUCAGGAGGAGCACAGGGCUUUUCAUCACAUUUAACUUUUAACUUGUAUUUUUUUCAGAACAUUUUGAAAUGCUUUAAAUCAUUAUUUAUUUGUUCCUAUGUUGGCUUUCAUUCUCCCUGCUUGUUCUCUGUCCAGACACAAUGACGAGGCUCAAGUCACGAUCAAUUCAUGAUUCAGGAAACUGAUUUCUAAUCCAAAGUUUCAAAAGCUGCCUCGCUGUCAACGUGCAGUCGUUCCCUUACUUUUUUAUAAUUAUUAAUAUUAUUAUUAUUUCAGCCACACUUCAUUUGAUUUCUCCAACCCACAAAAUACAUCUUCCCCCAGUUGGGGAGCUGUCUAUGCCAAGACCAAUGCAAUGUUACUCUGCACUAAUCAUGCGUGUAAGAUGCAUUUUAUCUUUAAUAUAAAUAUUUGUUCUGUAUUUUUGUAUAUUUUAAAGAAAACCUAAGAUCCUUAUAACUGCAAUGUUUUUCUCAGGAAAUAGGAAACUGAAACUCAGGGAAAUCUCAAAAUGGGCUGUGUACUUAGUGAGUUUUGGUGGGAUGGGCGUGGUGAAGCAAUCGCAGACCUACCGAUUACCAGACAGGCCCUUUUAUUAGCACAAAGUGGCGAUGGAUUUAGUUUAGCACAUUCGUCUUUCACUGCAUUGUUGGCAAUGCCUGCCUCUCAGGACAUGCAGAGCAUCAUCCUUCAACUCCAGCUGCCCUGUCCUAUUCACAUCACUAAUCACAAGUAGAAGUCACAUCCCCACUGGAACCUAUUAGCAGCAACUACACUUCUAAUAUCACUGAUCACAGAUCUCACAAUGUGUGACAAAGUAUUCAGGGUGCCUGGCGUGCUUAUUGAGCAGCAGGGUUCAGGGAUAAGCCUGCCUUCGUGCUCCGGGAUCCACGAGCUGUCUGGGGCACUGGUAGAGCUCCUGUUGCUUUUGCUAAACCCACCCAAUUCUUUUUGACACAUUUAUAGUGGAACCUCUGAAAUUGUUAGGUUAGUGUGUUUUUUUUGUGAUUUUUUUUUUUUGUAUUGAAAAUGAAAAAAAACCUGCGUGUUUAUCCAAAGAUGUGAAAAAAAUUGCUUUAAAACAAAAAAAGUCUGAUUGUGCAUUAUUGUUUUUAAAAGAGUAAGUGCAACACACAUCAGUUUUCAUUACUAUAUUAAACUGCAAAGCUGUGAAUACCCAUAUAUAUGGUUCAAUAACAACUGUAGUUUCCUAUGUUUAAGCCUGCAGUUUGUGAUUAGGUACAUUAUUUUGGAUCCACUAUCCAGAGAUGAAUGAGAGCCAAUAUAUAUAGAGAGAGAGAUUGAUAGAUAGACACUCUAUUGUCACAAAGAACAAUCUUGUUUUGUUACAGUUUAAAUGGCUCAUCACCUAUUCUAUGUAGUUUUUUGCCACGAGGGCCAGUAAUCUGUUUGGCAGCUAAAAGGGAGACCCCCCCUGCCUCAAUCAGGCUGCGUCAGACAUUGUGAAACCCUGUGUAUUGUUGCACUCUCUCCUUUGUAUAGUGUUCCUGUACAGAUACUACUCUAUGUUUUGUAUUAUAUGAUGGUUAUUAUUGUCUGUCAUCUGUAGAGUGGGGCUAAUACAGGUAGUUGUGAGCAGCAGGACACUAUGGGGAAUGGUGCGUUGAAAUAGACGUGACAGAUCUGCACAAUAAACACCAUUGAGAUGUGAACUAAAGCACAGCUGUAAGGCUACUCAUAAAACAAGGUGAUCUUCAAAAACUGCCUGUUUUGCAGCACAACAUAGACUCCCCACACAGCCCCAGCAUUGUAUUUGAUCUGUAUACUACUUCUUAAAAGAGCAUGGUAUUUCCCUGUGUUUAACAAUUUAAACCAAUAAGACUCAAAGUACCUUUUUGAAUUGAUUCAUCUUAAAACCAUAUAAAACAGCUCUGUUUAUGAAUUACAUGUUUAUUUGCAUUUCCAAUUAAUUGGAUCAAGUGCGACAAUAAAAGUACUUUUAGAGGAUCAUUCUGAAAGUUCUCCCCCAACCUGGGCAUUUCCACUCAGUUUUAACGCAUCCCUCCCUGCCUGUCUGUGCCUGCUGUGUGCUAGUUAGUAUUGUAUUGAGGUGGCGGGUUUAUUUUUUAAAGAAAUUUUAAGCAAUCUAUACAGAUCUACCUCAGGAUAUUGUAAUUUGUAAAGGACAGUGGCGCUGAGCUCCACUGGGUAUAUCCGGUGGGUUCCAUUGUGUGAAAUACAACUGGAACGUUGUCCUUUUAUUUUGUAGUUGUGUGUUUGUUUUAGAUAGUAGUAUUCUUUUCAUUGAGUUCAUGUAAUAACGUUUUCCAAACAUUCACGGUACAAGUAUUUAUGUGUAAAACCCUGUUCUAACCCAUAUAGGACAUUUUGAGAUCCAUUUUUAUUUUCAAAAAGGAUUUUGCUACACUGCUUACUAUUGCACUGGUACCGGCCCAGUUCUUGUGCCGUGUUUGGAAUUUGGAAGAUGACAGCCAUGUUGGUCCAUGGCCUAACUGACGGCAUGUUAAUCAGUGUCGACAUUCUCCAUGUUGUCAGGUCUGGUGCUCUGACAACCCAGAUUCAAGAAUAGCUGCUCCUCGUCUCUUACCAAACCCUCUGAUUUUACUGUACGACAGUCACGACUGUAAAAGAGAACCUGUUCUUAGUUAGCCGUACCCCGUAAAGAAAAGUAUUUGAAUUGAUACAACAGUUAACACAGUGGCACUCUGUGUCCAACACCAUCAGGACUACAUGUGCAUUGUCCUGUACCCGACUCAGAUACAUUUCUGAUUUCUUUUGCUGUGCGUUUCUAAACGGUGAAACUGGGAGGGCUGGCUGGAGAGGCCUCUGCCUUGUAACAGAACCGCGCUAUUGAGUUCUCUUCUAAUCAGUGUUGUUAACAAACCGAGGGAAAAAGCCAAAGCUUGAACGAGAAAAGGGUUUUACUCCAGUAGACUAAACGGGUUGUUUGGGAACAGUGCUGCUGGUUUUAGAAAUGCAAUUGGGAAUGAAAAAUAUCUACGAGAACAAGUAGAAUUGUGAACUACAGUCCACCCGCAUAGAAUGUCAAGAAAUAUAUUUCAGCAUAUUACAUGAGCCAAAUAUCAAAUAUUGCAACAGAUUUUGAUUAUGUAUUGCAGUAUUGUUAUAUUCAGAGUAUAUUUUUAAAUUAAAAUUGAAAUCUGAAUGUAUUCCAAUAUAUGAACUAGGGCGGUUUUUAUUAUUGCAACAUACGUCUGAGAGAAAUAUUUCAAUAUAUGACAUGUUCCAUGUUAAAUAUUGAACAUAUUUUUUAAAUUGUGUCCCAUCCAUGUAUGUCGGCUCUUUCACUUUUAAAUGACCUGGAAUUUCUGUGCAGGGAGUUAAAUAAACCAGCAAUGCCCUGCUGUACAAAAACACUCCUGCUUGUUAUACACCAUGUAACCUAAAAAUGUAACUUUCAUUUUAAACUAUACUCAGGGUUACUUAAGCACAAGUUAGAAACACGUAUGCCUUGCACAGAGGCACACGUGCGUGUGUUUUUCUGUAUGUGUGUGCUGUUUUUUUUUUCAUUAGUAAGUGGUGUGUGUUCUAUUGGCGUACAAUACCUAAUUUAAAAUCAAAAGAUUGUAUAUAAAGUGACUGAAGAGUGUAGCUGUGUUUACUGCUCUAAACCAAAGGUUUGUGUAAAGCUCCCACGUCUGAGGUGUCUUUCCCUUUAGCUUCUUUCUUAAUAACCCAUUGGACAACCUUGAACAAGGUAGGGUCGUGGUGAUUUUUUAAAUUUCAUUUUAUUUUUAAGCAUGCAUUACAAAGAGAACUGUGACUAAGAUGUUUCCUAGUGUUUACAAAAUCCAAACAUUUUUUUUUUUUAGUUAAUAAAAAGUUUGUCUGGUGUUUACAA